AUGAUCGUGGCAAGGAUAAUAAUACCAAACCACAACAACGACAACAACGACGGUACUGACAGCAAGACCUCGAAGGCGUCAAACUACUACAGUGCAAAGACGGGACCGAAGCCGAAGAGCGCCAAGGCCAAGGCGGAAGGGGCCGCUCGACACAAGAGCAAGAGUUCCCGCAGCUCCGCCCGCCGAGUACACGGCGCCUCCCAGGUGCCCUCCGUCCUGCCCAGACGCGGCAGCGCCAGCGGGAACGGCAGCUCGUCCUCCUCGUCCUCCUCGUCCUUCCGCGGCUUCGAGGCCAUCGGUGACUCCUUCGCGUCUAGAGCUGUGGCUGCUCCUACCGCUCAGCCGCCCGUGGAGGCGGGCACGGCCGCCGCUGACCACGAGCGGCUGUACCUGAGCGUUUUCAUCGGAACAGUGGGCAAGCUGGUGCCGCUCGUACGAGAAGAGGUGCUAUCCGUGGCCCUCAGAGAACGGCAGCGGCUGCCGCAGGACAUGGCGACCGCGGUCGGGGCCAACCUCGUUGCCUGCGAGCAAGCUCAGGUGGUCGGGGCGAUUUCUCUGGGGGCCUUGAUAAGCGGGGACCAGGAGGCUGCGCACGCGUACUACCUCUCUCUGCGGUACCACCUCGGCGAUGUCAACAGCCUGACCGGGGUGGGGGUCGUGCCGUCCCUCGCGCUGGUGGCGCUCUACUGGCAGCAUAGGGGCGAAGACGAGCUCAAGAUCGAAUGGGUCGGCCACGCCCGCCGCGUCUUGGCGAACGUCCAGACAUCCGUCGAGCUGACGCUCUUGCUGUGCACAUCCCUUCGCGCUCUGCUGCUCGCUAUGCUGGGCCAACGAGACGCCGCCACCGACGUCCUCGACACGAUCCCUUCCCUCGUCGACGUCGGCAGCGGGGGAAAUCCCUCCGUCGUGCGUGCCCUCCCGCUGAGCUGGGACGCGCUCCUGAUCGCUUCGGCGUUGUCUUUUCUCCUCGGGCAGGGAGCCACCUACCAGCGGCUCCGGUCGGCCGUCGAGCUUGCCACCGACGUCCCCGCGGAGGCGCGCUGGACCUUCUGCCUCCCCGAGCCCGGGAGCGACCCCCAGGCCUACGUCGUCCACGAGUGCAACAGCAGCAGCAACAUCUGCAACAUCAUGUGCGAGAUCGCGAGCAGAACGAAUUUCGGCGCGCAGCCGUUCUACUCGGAUGAGCAGCAGAAGGGUGAGGAGCAGGAGCAAGAGCAGCAGCUGCAGCAACCUGGGCUUCUUCACCCAUCCACGCCCAUGAUGCCGGCGUUAGUCCUUUCGUCGUCACACCGGCAGCUGUCUCACGAGACGGCGGCGGCCCAACCCUCUGGGGACCACCGGUAUGGGUGCGGGCCCGCGGGUGAAACCGUGAGGAGGAUGCCGUCCGACUUGCAGGGCAACUUCGCCGCCGUAGGCAUUGACGGCAGCGGUGACGUCGGCAUCAUGCCGUUCAUCGACGGCGGGUUUGGCGGCCGUGGAGCGGGGGCGACGGAUGGAAGAGCCGGCAUCGCUACCACGGUUGCGGAGAAUGUGGUUUUGGAAGGGGAUUGCGUGGAUUCUGCCGCUUACAAGCGCCGACGGACGAUGCCUGGCGAAAGCAGCGGCGAUCCGUUCGACCCGUCCGCUGGCAGCUUUUGCUUUGCUCAACAUGGUGGCGAUGGCGAAGGUCACGGCCACAAAUCUCUCCUCCCACCGAGGCACCCCGGGUCCGGCGGCACGGUGGAUGCCCUUGGCCACUACGACAGCAGCCAAGCUUUCGGCCAACGUGCUUUCGGAAUCCGGGGUACAGGGCCCGGAAAGAGUCUAGGCGGCGGCACGGACAGAGACGGGGACUUCGAAGGCGACAGUCUUGGACUCACGAGAGACCUGCACAACAUGAGCCUCAGUCGGCUGUCCGUGCCGUCCUUCCCCGACGACGGGGGCGCCGGCGGGGCGCUAGCGGAUGACCUGCACCUGGGCAGUGUCCCCAGCGAGGGUAUUAUGGACCUCAGUUCCUCCAUGGGUAGCUUCAACCUAGACAUGGUCGGGCUGGACGGCGGAGGAGGAGCGGUAAUGAGUGGCAAAGGGUUGGGGAGCUUCAUCAUCCGCCCCAUCACCACCGACAUCGACGAGGAUGGAGGAGGCGGAGGUGUAGGAGGGAACAGCCUCGGCAGCAUCACGUUCCCUGCCGCCGCAGUCGGCGGCAGCGGCAGCGGCAGCGGCAGCAGCAGCAGCACCGGCAAGAAGCGCUCCUUCAGCUCUGCGACAUCUAGGCCGCCUCGCUUGGCAUCCUUCAUGACCUACUCGGCGUCGCUUUGCCGAACGUCUUCAUCGUCCUCAAUGCCGCGCCAGCGCUUCGGCGGCGGCGGCGGAGGCGGCGGCAGUGGUGGCGAGGAGGGCAGCAUCGGCCAGUGCGGCAGCGACCUUGGUCACGACAUCGUCGCCUCCGCGGAGGACUUCAUGAACGAGGAAGGGAGAGAAGACAUCUGCGGGAACAUUCUUAGCGUCGACGCUAUCCUUGGCGAUAUCGGCAGCAACGCCGUUGGCAAACUGUCAAACUGCAAGGACAGCAACGCCAAGAGUGUCGGAGAGGGGGUCGCUUCACUGGACAGACCUCGGAGACACGCUUCGACAGCAGGAGAAGGAGGAUGGGAGGCAGCGGCUGCAGCACCAGGAGAGAGUGAAGGAGGAGGGGGGGGUAGCCCGCUGCGCCUCAUGUCCGGCGACGAAGGCGGCGGUGGCGGCGGUGGCGCCGCCGGCAACAUCCACACUUCGCUUGACGAGCAGAAAAAGUCGAUCACCCCCGAAACUUUGGCCGACUUCUACGAAACAGGCGACACCCCUCCCUUGCCGGCCCAACCGUGACCAGAAUACUGUACGGGAAGAUGGUCAGUUUAAGCGUCCGGUCGACGAGGGCAGCAGGCAGAUAGACCACCCACUUGAACCAGCAGACUAGGGGAUAAUCCCAGCGCUUUCCGACGAACCGAGGAAGUAUUAGGCUGUGGCUUGUUGACUAAAUCCACAAAUGCGCGAAGCGCGUGCUGCGUCGUUGGGAGGAGACUUUCGUGACAACCUUGUCAGAGGGCAUGCGGUCGUGCUUGAGCGUAGAAGAAGUGGAAGAAGAUUCUACUCCUCGACGCGUGGCAACCAUAGGACUACAAAUAACCGGGAAAUGUAUAUUACCUACACGAAGUGCUACACGUUGUCGGUCGAUUGGAGUAAAGCAAUCCUUGGUCAAAGGGCCAUUGGUGCUCCGCUGUACAGCGACAGUAAUGAAUCAAUGUAGGAACGAAAACGUUGGGGUUCAUUUCCGUGUUCUUGCUACGGGGUGCGGAGCGCGCGGGGGUAGGGAGGCCCACGAUCCUGAGAAAGAAAAAGUGUUGUUCAUAGGCUAGUGGUCGAUGCGACAUCCUGAUGUACUUUAUCUGCCUCGCGGGCGGGGAAUCCUUUAGGCGUAGACCGAAUAAUACCAAGAGUGACGACUGGAAGUAUCAAUAGCUGAAAAAAGAAUCCGAUAACGAAGAGUGCUGUGAUAGUGUGCCCCGCCCCCGUGAUUUCCUUGUUCGGGAAGGUGCGUCCCUCACUUGUCUUGUGUGUCGUGGGAGAGAGAGAUACAAGUUUCCAAGUGCUUUGAGUUCCCGUGUGGCGUUUCAAAACCGGUAUCACGCGUGUGAUGAGUUCAUUGGUUUUGUCUGGAAGGGGGAUGGCUCAUGCACCAUCUGUACAGGAUAUCAGCAGCAGCGGCAAUGGAUGGUCGAUGCACCAGGUGUGUCACGCACAACACGACUGCUUCCCCUGCUAGAGAGUUGCUUCGCUUCCGUAAUACUUACCCACCUAACAGUCACCCGCCGAAGAUAGAAUAAUUUCUACCCAGUGAUCUCGAUGUGUUGACUACCCUGCUUGUUGUUUUUUUCGGGUGGUGUGUCUUGUUGUUGAUUGCGGGUGUGACGAUUAAAACUCUUGCCUUGGUGUCAGUGUGAGUUUGACGUCUCGGAACCCCCUAAAACGUGGGAAAAUAAGAAAAUAGCUGAGCAAACUAAGAGGGACACUACAAGAAGAAGGACAACGUGUAGGCUGUAUCUCUCUGGUGGCAGUGGAAGAAGUUGCUGGCAGCCCGGGUGAGUGGCAGAAUAGCGUGCGGGAACAACGGGCAUGCCAAGUACGAAGAAUACUACGUUGCGAGCUUGUGCACGUUUUUUGAGGAAAUUCUUUGCAACCGGAGGAAAUAUUGAAUGAAAAGUGCAUUCUGUUCGAGGGAGUUUUUUCAUUUUUCCGUUUGUCUGUGUGAAAACCGUAGGAUUUAUCCUGGAAUAAAGGGGGUAAGAAAAGCACCUCCUAGAGUAAAGCAGUGGACGGCCGCGGGGGUCGUCAGCUUUGAGUAGGUUGCCACGAUAAAUCAGAUCGACGGAACUUAAUCAAGUAAAAAGCGGGUUGCACCAAUUUCGUCACCGUUGCAGGGGUUAGGUGUACCGUGCAAUACCGCGGCCUCGAUCGGCCGUGUGAAGGAGGGUAAAACUAAUGUGAAAGGCGAAAACGAAUGUAUGGGGAUUGGGUGGGCGGCAAGAGGCCCUGAAUCUUCACGAUGACACCUUGUGCUGAUUUUUACC